AUGGCCGUCACCAACCCUUCCGAAGAGCACGGCAACAUCGCCUCCGGAGGUGAAGCCAGCAAGGAAAACCCCGACAUCCAGAUCGGCGGCCCCCAAGACUCGGAGACCGACGAUGCCAUCGACACCAAGGCCCAGGCCGGUGUCCAGAACAUCGAGGCCAUCACCUCCGUCUGGACAAAGAGCGCCCUCUUCACGGCCUUUGCCAUGAUCUGGGUCAUCUACUUCGUCGACAGCAUGCAGCAGGGCACCACGGGCAACCUCACGCCCUGGGUCACCUCCGCCUUCCAGGAGCACUCCCUGACGCCGACCGUCUCCGUCAUGAGCAGCAUCAUCGGCGGUGUCUUCAAGUUGACGCUCGCCAAGGUGCUCGACAUCUUUGGCCGUCCGCAGGGCUACCUGCUCUCCAUCGUCUUCACCACCAUGGGUCUGGUCAUGAUGGCUGCUUGCAAGAAUGUCGAGACGUAUGCCGCCGCUCAGGUCUUUUACUGGGUUGGAUACAACGGCCUGGACUACUCGCUCUCCAUCUUUCUGGCAGACACAACCUCUCUGCGUAAUCGAGGCCUCAUCUUCGCCUACAGCAGCUCCCCGUACAUCAUCACCACGUGGAUCUCCGGCCCCAUCUCCAACGCCUUCCUGAAGGGCCCCGGCUUCCGCUGGGGCUUCGGCUCCUUCGCCAUCAUCACCCCCGUCAUCACCACCCCCCUGUUCUUCCUCUUCAUGCACUACAACAAGAAGGCCAAGCAGCUCGGCGUCAUCCCCCACCGCGAGAGCAAGGGCGCCAUCACCGACUCCCUGUACCACUACGCCCGGGAAUUCGACCUCGUCGGCCUGCUGAUCCUGUCGGGAGGCCUGGCCAUGUUCCUGCUCCCCUUCAACAUCUACUCCUACCAAGAGGAGGGCUGGAAGUCGCCCAUGAUCAUCGGCCUCCUGGUCGGCGGCUUCGUCGCCCUCAUCGUCUUUGGCAUCUGGGAGCGAUGGUUUGCGCCCGUCACCUUCAUCCCCUACGGGCUCCUCAUGGACCGCACCGUCAUUGGCGCCAACAUCCUCGCUGCCUCCGUCUUCGUCAGCUUCUACAUCUGGGACAGCUACUUCCUGAGUUUCCUCCAGGUGGUCAACGGCCUUACUGUCACCGAGUCCAGCUAUGUUGCCAACAUCUACAGCAUUGGUUCCUGCUUCUGGGCCAUUCUCGUCGGCCUCGUCAUCCGCCACACCGGAAAGUUCAAGCCCAUCUGCCUCUUCUUUGGCGUCCCCGUCACCAUCCUGGGCGUCGGCCUGAUGAUUCACUUCCGCCAGCCCGACGUCAACAUCGGCUACAUCGUCAUGUGCCAAAUCUUCAUCGCCUUCGCCGGCGGCACCAUUGUCAUCUGCGAGCAGACCGCCGUCAUGGCCGCCACCUCGCACCAGUACGUCGCCGUCGUCCUCGCCGUCGAAGCAAUGGCCUCGUCCAUCGGAGGCGCCAUCGGCCUGACCGUCUCCGCCGCCGUCUGGCAGGCCGUCUUCCCCAAGAAGCUGGCCGUCUACCUGCCCGAGUCCGCCAUUGGCAACCUCACGGACAUUUACGGCAGCCUGGACGUCCAGCUGUCGUACCCGAUGGGCUCCCCUGAGCGCAUCGCCAUCCAAAAGGCCUAUGGCGACAGCCAGAAGAUGAUGCUCAUUGCUGCUACUGCUGUCCUGUCGCUGGCCGUCGUUGGUACGGCCAUGUGGAGGAACAUUGAUGUCAGGAAGCACAAGCAAGUCAAGGGAACUGUCUUCUAA